AUGGAGAGAAAUGAAGCAAGAGAAGGGCCUAUAGCUAUUGCAGUGGAUAGAGAUAAAACAAGCUGCCAAGCUCUUAAAUGGGCUGUGGAACAUUACCUACCACGAGGCGGAGCAAUAAAACUUGUUCAUGUCGUUCAAAGAUCUGCAAUGAAUGCAAACGGACCUUAUAAUACAGAUGAUGAAUCGUCUGAAAGACAUCAAAAUAAUAAACGAAGCACUCAGUUUCUUCCAAUGCGUUGUCUUUGUAUGCGACGAAAUAUACAAAGCGAAGUAGUUUUGCUUGAAGAUCAAGAUGUGGCUAAAGCAUUAAUUGAAUAUAUUAGCCAGAGCUGUAUUUCUACAUUCUUGCUAGGGGCCACGUUGAAGAAGAGCAUUACAAGGCUAUUCAAGGUUGAUGACAUUCCAAGUAAUGUGAUGAGAUGGGCUCCAGAUUUCUGCACUGUCUUGGUUAUCUCAAAAGGAAGACUAUCGAGUGUACGGUCAGCCACUAGGCCUUUACCACAAUCCUUGCCAUCUCCUUCUUCAGGGACUGCACCAUUGUCACCACUCAGCAACACAACCAACGACGAGGCCGUCUCUGAGAUGUCAUUGUCAAGAGAAGACGACAUUUUCUUUGAGGAGUUCUCAUCACGUGACACAGAUUCUCAUGCAAAUAUUAGUGACAGGAUGAGUACAGAUAGUUCGACUCUCUCUUUUUAUGAGAAACUUGGGGCUCCACACAUGUUGGAGAUUCCUAGAUACACUGGUAUGGAUGAUGAGAAAUCCAAGUUUUCCAUCUAUCUUAAUAGUCCUUCUGAUGAAAAGAAGAGUACAUUAGCUUCUCCAGUACUACCACCAAUGGAUGACGCCGAGGCUGAGAAGAGAAGGCUGAAGAAAGAGCUGAAGGAGACAAUGAAACUAUACCACGACGCCAUCAAAGAAGCUCUUAUGGCAAAAGAGAAAGCAGCAGAGCUCGAGAUAUGGAAAAAGAAAGCAGAGAAAAGGGUUCAAAUGGCCGAAGAAACAGCAGCAAUGGCCAUCAUGCAGAUGGAGAAGACAGAGCUGGAAGUACAACGUAGAGUGGAGGCAGAGAUGAAAGCGGUGAGAGGCAGAGAGAGGAUGGUUUUGGAUGCUCUUGGAGAGGCUCAUAGCGUGGUUAAGUAUGAGAGCUUGUUCCAUAUUUUACUUGUAAUUUUCUUGUUCUAUUUUUAUCUCACACUCAUAUAA